GGGGCGGGACGAGACCGGGCCGGCCCCGCGCGGCACCGGCAGAGCGCGGUGGGGCUCGGGGGGGUGCGGAGCCGCGCGGCUCGGCUCGGCUCUGUUUCGCUCCCUUCGCCUCGGUUCUGUUCGGUUCGCUUCGGUUCGGCGCGCAUCAGCUCGGCUCGGAGCGGAUCGGAUCGGAUCGAAGCGGAUCGGAUCGGACUAGAGCUCGGCAGAGCCCGGCACAGCCCGGUACAACCCGGUACAACCCGGCACAGCCCGGUACAACCCGGUACAGCCCGGCACAGCCCGGUACAGCCCGGCACAGCCCGGCACAGCCGGGUACAGCCCGCGGAUCGCGGCGGGGAUGGCGGUGCCGGAGCCGGACGCGCGGCUGGCGCAGGAGAAGGAGGAGGAGAGCGAGGAGGAGAGCGAGGUGCUGGAGGAGAGUCCCUGCGGCCGCUGGCAGAAGCGCCGCGAGCAGGUGAACCAGGGGAACAUGCCUGGCAUCCAGAGCACCUUCCUGGCCAUGGACACGGAGGAGGGAGUGGAGGUGGUGUGGAACGAGCUGCUCUUCACCGACAAGAAAGCCUUCAAAGCACACGAGGAGCUUCUGUGUGCCAGGAGCAUCCUGCUCACCUGUUCUGUCCCAGGAGCAUCGUGCUCACCUAUCCUGUCCAUGGCAGGAGCUUCCACCUCACCUGUCCUGCCCCAUCCCAGGAGUAUCCACCUCACCUGUCCUGUCCCGGGAGCUUCUAUGUGCCAGGAGCUCCCUCCUCACCUGUCCUGCCCAUCCCAGCACCUUCCACCUCACCUGUCCUGUCCAUGGCAGGAUCUUCUGUGUGCCAGGAGAUUCCACCUCACAGGAGCUCCCUUCUCACCUGUCCUGCCCAUCCCAGCACCUUCCACCUCGCCUGUCCUGCCCCAUCCCAGGAGCUUCUGUGUGCCAGGAGCAUCCUGCUCACCUGUCCAUCCCAGGAGCAUCCUCCUCACCUGUCCUGUCCACGCCAGCCCCUCACCUGCCCAUUCCAGCCCCUCACCUGCCCCACUCCAGCCCGUCAUCUUCAUCACGGAGUACGUGUCCUCGGGGAGCCUCAAGCAGUUCCUCAAGAAGACCAAGAAGAACCACAAGGCCAUGAACGCGCGGGCCUGGAAGCGCUGGUGCACCCAAAUCCUCUCGGCUCUCAGAGGGGGUCAUGAGGGGUCCCGAGGGGUCGGGGGAGGUCCCGAGGGGGUCAGAGAGGGUCCCGAGGGAUCUGGGGGGUUGGCAGGAGGAAGGGGUGGGGGUCACACGGGGUGUGGGGGGACCCCGGGCAGGCAGGAGCCCCGAGGAUUGCGGGGUCCCUUUUUGGGGUGCCAACCUCGGCGUCGCCUUUUCUUCCCCUGUGCCCUCCCAAUGCCCGCCCCGGCAGUCUGGCACCGGGUGUUCGCCAACGCGCUCCCGGACGAUCUGCGCAGCCCCAUCCGGAUCGAGCGGGAGGAGCUGCGGAACCUGCACUUCUUCCCACCGGAAUACGGCCAGAAGGCCGACGGCACGGCCGUGGACAUCUUCUCCUUCGGGAUGUGCGCGCUGGAGAUGGCCGUGCUGGAGAUCCAGACCAACGGGGACACGCGGGUGUCGGAGGAGGCGAUCGCGCGGGCGCGGCACUCGCUGGAUGACCCCAACAUGAGGGAGUUCAUCCUGUCCUGCCUGACCCUGAACCCCGACCGGCGCCCGAGCGCCAACAGCCUCCUGUUCCACCGCGUGCUCUUCGAGGUGCACUCGCUGAAGCUGCUGGCAGCCCACUGCUUCAUCAACCACCAGUAUCUGAUGCCAGAGAACGUGGUGGAAGAGAAGAUCAAGGAGCUGGACCUGAACAUGGUGAUGGCUGAGAUCCGCAGGGAGGGCCGGCCUGGGGCACAGUGGAGGUACUCCGAGGUUUCCUUCCUGGAGCUCGACAAGUUCUUGGAGGACGUCAGGAACGGGAUCUACCCCCUGAUGAACUUCGCGGCCUCCCGGCCCCACGCGCUGCCCCGCGCCCUGUCCCAGCCCCAGGAGGACCCCCAGAAAGCCAAGACCCCCACGCCAGAGCCCUUUGAUGUGGAGACCAGGAAGGUGGUGCAGAUGCAGUGCAACAUGGAGCUGAACGAGGACAAGAGCCAGUGGCACGUGAGUGCCUGGAUCCUGCCCCGCUCCCUGGCCGUCCCGUUGGGAAUGGGAAUGGGAAAUGGGAAAUGGGACUGGGAUUGGGGCUGGGAAUGGGAAAUGGGACUGGGAUUGGGGCUGGGAAUGGGAAAUGGGACGGGGAUUGGGGCUGGGAAUGGGAAAUGGGACUGGGAAAUCUGCCAGUGGCACGUGAGUGCCUGGAUCCUGCCCUGCCCAUCCUGCUGGGAAUGGGGCUGGAAUGGGAAUGGGAUGGGACUGGGACUGGAAAUGCUGAUCUCGGCCUUGGAGGGACCCUCCACGGCCAGCGACAGCCCCCCUGGGGACACGGGGACAAUGACACGGAACGGGAUCUACCCCCUGAUGAACUUCGCGGCCUCCCGGCCCCACGCGCUGCCCCGCGCCCUGUCCCAGCCCCAGGAGGACCCCCAGAAAGCCAAGACCCCCACGCCAGAGCCCUUUGAUGUGGAGACCAGGAAGGCUGAUCCCGGCUGGGCUUUUCCAGGUGGUGCAGAUGCAGUGCAACAUGGAGCUGAACGAGGACAAGAGCCAGUGGCACCCGACAACUCCAAGGAUUUGGCCACAGAGCUGGUGCACUACGGAUUCAUCCACGAGGACGACUGCGAGAAGCUGGCCGCCUUCCUGGAGAGCGCCUUCCACAAGCACCGCUCACAAGCCCUGUGAGCCCAGGCCAUGGAGGCACCGCCAUCCCCGGGGGCUCCCGACCCACCCAGCCCAGCAGGACUCGCCUGGCCGGGCCUCGGGCCCACGGAAUUGUCCCGACUCGUGUUCUGGGCGGGCAGAGGACUCGGCAAAGCCCGGGAAUUCCGGGGCGCUGGACACGCUCUGGGGCCCGCUCCCGAGGGGAGGUGUGGGGAGUGGGCAGCACCCCCUUCCCAGGGGGGUUUGGGAGCUGCUGCAGAGCCCCCGGCCGGGUCCAAUUCCCUCUGGGAAUGGUCAGCCCCCCUCGCUGCCGGUCCCACCGCCGUUUUCUCCCUCUGUGCCAUCCUUGCUGAGGGGAGGGGAGGAGCAGGCUUGGAGAGCCCCUGGAGCUUCCCACCGGCCACAUCCCGCUCUCCAUCCCCAGCUUCUCCAGGUUUAAGGUUUCCUGUGCUCAGAACCCUCGCCAUGAGCUGGGACUGUGAGCUGGAGAAGGAAUUCCUCACCCACCACCUGGAUCCACACUUGUGCAUUGGCAGGAAUCUCACUGAUGCUCCACAGAAUCCUGGUCAUGCCCCAGUUCCCCCUGCAGCCUUCCAAAACCUCUCGGCGCCUUCAGGAGAGAGCCCUGGUGCCUGUUGCUCCCGUCCCUGCCACGCUGGCUGGAAUGCCAGUCCCUGGCCUGGAGAUGGGGAAUUGCCACCGUCACCACCCCAGGGCUGCCCUUGGCCAGGGACACACGGGGAGAAAAGUGCCAACAGGAAUUGUCUCUGUCCCAGAGCCGUGUGGGGCUGCUCCUGCUGCAGGGAGAGCUGGCUCUGAAAUCCUGCUGCUCCAGGGAGAGCUGGCUCUGAAAUC